CUCUAUUUACCGGAAGCACGUGUAUAUUUUUCUGUUGACAAACAUCAGAUUUACUAUCCAUGCAUCACGUUCAGGAAUAACGUUUACAAUUACUUUGCAAUUAUGUAAGGUUAUACUUUUCAUUCAGAUUUCCAUUUGUAUCUAGAUCAUGGAUGAUCAAAGCCAGGAAAAUAUGGAGAAGCCUGAAACUGAUGAAUACUUCAAAAGUUAUGGAGAUAUUUCUGUUCAUGAACUCAUGUUGAGAGAUAAACCAAGAACUGCUGCUUACCAAAAAUUUAUGCAACAAAACAGCCAUUUGUUGAAAGAUAAAAUUGUUUUAGAUGUUGGAUCAGGAACUGGUAUCCUGUCAUUGUUUGCUGCUUCAGCUGGAGCAAAGCAGGUAUUUGCUGUCGAAGCUAGUGCAAUAGCUGAUUUAAGCCAGAGUAUUAUUGAGGAAAACAAAAUGGAGGAUAAGGUGAAGGUCAUCAAAGGAAAGAUUGAAGAAAUUAGUUUACCUGUAGAUAAAGUAGACAUUAUCAUAUCUGAAUGGAUGGGGUUUUAUCUGCUUCAUGAAUCCAUGUUGGAUUCCGUAAUUUUUGCUCGUGACAAAUACUUGGCCAAUGAUGGUCUUAUGAUUCCAUCCGAUGCUGUUUUGUACAUGACACCAGUGAACAUGUCUUCUUAUGUUGCUGAAAACAUUUUGUUCUGGGACAAUAUUUAUGGCUAUAAUUUUUCUGCAGUAAAAUAUGCAGUUCUAGGGAAUAAAAUGUGUGAACCAACUAUAACAUGUAUUGAACAAUCACAAUGUGUGGCGGAACCAGAAAUUUUCUGUGAACUAGAUUUAAAAACUGUCACCAUAACAGAUAUUCAAAAUAUCAAUCAGACAUUAUCCUACACAUUCACCAAACCAGGACUUGUACAUGGAUUUGCCAGUUGGUUUGAUGUAGAAUUCAAAGGGCCUAUUGCAGCAUCCCCUGAUCAAGGGACAAAAAUCGUCACUUUAAGUACCUCCCCAGCUACACGCCAAACACAUUGGAAGCAGACUGUUAUAUUUCUGCCAGCCUCCAUGACAGUAGAUGAAGGUGAUCAGAUCACGGCCAAUAUUGAUCUGUCACAAGAUGAUGAUAAUAAAAGACAUUACAACAUAUCGGUAGAAAUUAUAGGUGAAGAGGAUGAACAAUCAAGUUCUGAAGAAGAUGCCUCUCAUCAUCCAGUUCCAUGUCAUUGUGGAGCAACACGUUGUAUGCUGGUCCAAGCACUUGUCGAAAAAUAUGGUGAAGAGCAAAAUGAACUUGAGAAAGAGGCUGAGAAAGUAGAUGUUAAUGCUGAAGUUGAAGCAGCCAGAGUGAUAGAUCGAGAAAUGACUGCAAAUGCUGAUAUUAAUCUGAAUGAAACAUUUUAAUAAGAGCUACAAUGUACACAAAUAUAUUAAUAUACGAUAUAUAAAAUAAUGAUCAGGAUGAUGUGGCAAUUACAAAUUUAAUAAUUUGAAAGAUUUAAUUUAAUGUUUUCUAGAAAGACAAUUUUGGUACAUGCUCCUAUAUUAAAUAUAUAUUUAUACACAGAUGAGCUUGGUCAUGUUGGUAUAGGGCAAGAGAGUAAAACAUUUAUUGCUGCACUUCAUGUGGGCAUCUCAAAGUAUUCUGUGUCAAACAUUUGUUGUCAAAUAAAGUUCUAUUUACUUAAA